GGAAAAAAUGGGGAGAGGAAAGAUAGAGAUCAAAAGAAUAGAGAACUCAAGCAACAGGCAAGUGACUUACUCAAAAAGAAGAAAUGGGAUCUUGAAAAAAGCUAAGGAAAUUAGUGUUCUUUGUGAUGCUCGUGUUUCUGUCAUCAUUUUUGCUAGUUCUGGCAAGAUGCAUGAGUUCUCCUCUACUUCGUUAGUUGAUAUUUUGGAUCAAUACCACAAGCUUACUGGAAGAAGAUUGUGGGAUGCUAAGCAUGAGAACUUGGACAAUGAAAUCAACAAAGUCAAGAAAGACAAUGACAACAUGCAAAUUGAACUCAGGCACCUAAAGGGUGAAGACAUCACAUCUUUGAACCAUAGAGAGCUCAUGAUGUUGGAAGAUGCCCUUGAUAAUGGACUCACUAGCAUCCGUAACAAGCAGAAUGAGCUUCUGAGAAUGAUGAGGAAAAAGGCUCAAAGUAUGGAGGAGGAGCAAGAGCAACUUAAUUGCCAAUUGCGGCAACUAGAGAUAGCGAGCAUGAAUAGGAAUAUGGGAGAAAUAGGGGAAGUGUUUCAGCAAAGGGAGAAUGAAUACCAAACUCAGAUGCCUUUUGCCUUCCGAGUUCAGCCAAUGCAGCCUAAUUUGCAGGAGAGGUUCUAAAAGACCUUUGAUUUAUUUGGUGAAUUAUCACCUUUUAUUAAUGUUGUGCUAUCAAAAAAUUUGGUGUGUAAUUUCAUCUACCUUAUGGUUUAAGUGACAUUAAUUAUCUAUCUAUAACCAUUAGCUUAUGGUUUAAUUGUUUUUA